AUGGCUACUCUUAACUUAGAUGACGACGAGCUCAAAGCUCUUGAACAGACGCUGAGCAAGGUCGCUCAACUGUCUAGUAGCGUGCAGAGCUUCAGGCAGAAUCUACUGAAUAGCAAUCCCCUCCCUCCUCCGUACGCCUCCACACCGCAGUGCGCCAUCAUAAGACAGCAGCUAAUAUCUCGUCCUAGAAAAUCAAUUCAAGCCUCAGCCAAGAUUCUUCAAAAGAACCUCAAGUCGCUUCUUGAGAGCACAAACGAAAAUGCAGACCUCUUCAAUCGCAUGGCCAUCCGACCCUCGACGAACUACCCCGGCCGAACCCAAGAAAACGUGCUUCUGCAACUACUACGCAAGAAACUCGAACCCGACGUCGAAGAAUUCGUCAGUCAAGGUCUUGAAACAGCACGACUCGCUACACCUGAGGGUCUGGAAUCUCUAGAACAAAUCUGGCGCGAAUUGCGAAGUUGGCUCUCGGACCGGGUAAUCCAUUUCAUAUCGACUGAGAACAGCGAUCCAUAUACGGCGGAAGAACGUGCAAAUGGAGUAAAGAAUGUACGCACUGGUCUACGAAGGCCUAUAGAUGACGAUGAAGAAGAGGACGAGGAGGAAGGCGACGAAGAUGAAGAUGACGAUGAGCCAGAGAAGCCAGAUAUCCCGGAAGUCAAGGUGCGAGGAGCAGAACCAGAGACAUUACUUUGGUUUGCGGCACGGGGAGACUUUGAGGUGCCGCGCAAUGUCGAGUAUGAGCGCAAAGUGGAUGUCUACAAGGGGUUCCAAGGUAUCAACAUACCACCCAGUGACCAACAGCAGCAACAACCUCAGCAAGGCUUUGUUCCUUCAUGA